AUGGCUCAGCCGAAACGACUCUCACUCUACAGCGAGACGGAGCUCGAGUCCAAAGCCCCCGUGGGUUUCCCUUCAAGUUGUCCCACGCUCGACCUAUCUACCACGUGGGAUGCUGCCGACAAGAACCUAUUCAUUUACAGACCUCCCUGUCAAGCUGUUUCUAAAAUCCACCAAGCUGGGGCUCCAGGGACGCAAUCGUCAGAAGUGGUCACCGUGACCUGGAAACCAGAUGUGUGCGGAGGAACAAAUGCCAACAUCUCCCGUAUUGGCUGGGCAACCUGCAAUGUCGCAAGUAAAUCACCAGGAGACCUUUUGAUACAAUCAAAGGAUGGUAUAUUCACAAAUACAACGACUUCCGAUGACAAUUUGCCUCGUAAUUUACCCCAGGAGCUUACUUUCCUCGAGGUUGACACUGCCCUGCCCAAGGUCAGUCCCUUGCCUACCAGUAGUGCUGGCGCAGAUGAUGAUGCAACUGUAUUCACGUUGCGGACAGGUAUUGAAUUCUUGUUUCAACCACCGAAGCGGGAGGAGUAUGAGCAAGUGAACGUCAUGAUAGUUGGCACGGACGAUGGCAAGCUGCAGCUAAACAUUUACGAUUCUUUUCUUAUUGGCACAUUUCCCAGUCCCGUAUCAGAGUCGUCAAAUAUGCCGCCAUAUAUGAUUUCUCACGCUGCUCACCCUCAUUUAUCAACACACGCUCUGGUCUUUGCACAUACGCAGACUGAGCCGGAAUUCCUCCACCUGGUCCCGAUGGAUCUGCCGUUCAUUUCUUCGUCACCGAUUAAUUUGUGCCUGCUGGCUUCCAAGUUGACUACACUUCAGAAGCUGCUGCGAUAUAUCAAACAAACCCAACUCCACAUGCAAGUCGAAUGGAAGAAUACCCGAGAAUUACCAACCCGAUUUCUGCGCAGCGUGCAAGGGGAUCUAGAAGAGCUGCCAAGCGGUCCCCGAAGCAUCGUUCCAGCACUAUACCACACUGUCGUCACCGGACAUGCGUACGGGCCAGUGCGAGAAUGGCUAGUCGAUAGUCUCGCAGAACGUGGUCACAAACGAUGGGACAAAGCCGUCGUCUCCGGUCUCGAAAAUCUCCGCAGCCUAGUCCACGAGAAUUUUCUUCCGGCAUUAGAGCGCUGUGCCAUUAUUCUCAGCCGUCUACGUGGUUUGGUCCAAUUCUACGACGACAGAGACGACAUUGGAUACUCGGCUACUCAAACCAGCAGACUUCUCGACAUAAUCGCUUGUCUCAGUCUAGUCGGCCACAAAAUUCUAUCCAAUGUCAUGGACGAACUGGAGCAUUUUAACGCGUUUUCUACAUGGUUGCGACUUCAGAUUGAUCGCCAAGCUUCAUCUACUACAACGGCAGAUGAGCUCACCGAAAAAGAGGCAACUAUGGACACGUCAAAGGUUCUCACGUACAUUGAGAGUUAUCUCACCCACAGUCCACUAGAUGUAUACUUUGACCAAGUCUCCGAGGAAGACCGGCAGGCUGACUUGGACCAUAUUGAAGACGGUGUCGGCAUAUUUCGCAUCCUCGACGCGCAAUUGAAGAAACAAGAGUCGGGACAAGCAUCCCGGAAAGCUCUCCAGCACGUAGACUUCCUGGUAUCAUACGUGACGACUUGCUCUAGUCGAAUGUUCAAGGACAUAGCAGAAGCAACAAAGCGAAGCGUACGGUUCGGCAAGGCUGUCAAGCUGUCCAUCGGGCAACCCAUUACACAGAUGGACACCCAAAUAUGCCAUACCAGCGGGAAUGCAAGUUGCCCCGAAGUUUCCCAUCUUGAUUCCAAAUAG